GCGCAUGCGCGCUGGCGCCGCUGACGCUGCCAGGAGAGUCGUUCCAGCCCCCGGCGCACGUGUAGAGGAAGCCGGAAGGAGUGUGGGGAGGGGGCGGGGCUGAGACGCGUGGCCGUUCGCCGCGCGGUGGAGAUGGAGGUGGUCGAGCAGCUGGAGACGCUGAAGUUUGAUAACGGGCUGGGGAGUCCCAGCACGGCGGGGCCGCAGCCGGGCCAGGAGGAGCCCGCGGGCGGCGAGGAGCCGGGCCAGGAGGAGCCCGCGGGCGGCGAGGAGCCGGGGCAGGAGGAGCCCGCGGGCGGCGAGGAGCCGGGGCAGGAGGAGCCCGCGGGCGGCGAGGAGCCGGGCCAGGCCUCGGCGCCCGCGGCAGGAGGAGCCCCCGGCGCCCGGGGCCCGCAGGAGGAGCAGCCCGGGGAGGGCAGUGCCGACUCGGACAGUGAUACGGAUUCUGAUAGUUCAUCUUCUGUCUCCUCUUCUUCAUGUUCUCUUUCAAUUGGAUCUGUUGAAAGUGAUAGUCAGCAAAAUGGAAAUAACACAUCUUACCAUGUUAAACCAAAAGAUGAAUUGCCUCUUGAACAGGGACCACCUCCUGUUGAUGAUUUGACAAUAAUUCUGCCUGAGGAUGUUGAGCUGAAGCCCUUUGGGACAGUUUCAAGCAUUAUUGAGCAGUUGGUAAUAAUUGAGUCUCUGAAAGGCCUACCUCCAGUAAAUGAGGAAAGCAUCAUUUUUAAAGGAGAUCGGCAUGCAGCAGGAAAGAUAUAUGAGAUAUUUGGUCCUGUUUUGCAUCCCUUCUAUGUGUUACUAUUUAACAGCCCUGAGCAUAUUGAAGCAAAAGGUAUUAAUAUCCAAGAUACCGUGUAUUUUGCGCCAUCAGUAGAGGACUUCACCCAGUAUAUAUUCACAGAGAAACUAAAACAGGAGAAAGGAUCUGAUGCAUCAUGGCAGCAUGACCAAGAGCCACCACCUGAGGCCUUAGAUUUCAGUGAUGAUGAAACGGAGAGGCAGAGAAAACAAAAGAAAAAGAAAGCUCCGAAUCAAGAAAGAAAGAAACCUAAAUCAGAAGUGAAUGAAUCAAGUGAGAAUAAUGAAGUUCAACAUCAGCCUAUGCAAAAGCCUACUUCAAAUUAUUCAAGAGGAUAUCGUGGCAGAGAAUUUAACCCUGGCUUCUCAAGGGACAGGUUUCCUCAUCCAUCUGUUAAUCCAAGCGUCUCAAGACCACAACUAAGAGCUCCGCACUUGUACUCUUCAGAUCACAGGCUACAUCAAGAAUCUGCAAUGUUUCCACAGCCUCAUAGACCAAAAAAUCCCAUGAUGCUGCAGUAUCCUUUUCCUCCUCCAGGAUAUGGACCUGUUGGUAAUGAGAUGCAUCACUUUCCACCCCCAAAUCCAAACAUGAUGUGGACAGGGCCCAACAUGUACUCUAACAUUUAUAGUCCACCAUUCCCAUUCCCCCCACCCCCUCCCCCACCCCCGCCCCCACCACCUGCUUCUCCAAAUGGUCAUCCAUCUCAGUUUGGACCUCACAGUUAGAUGAGAAUUUUCAUGACUGAGUGUACAAUGAGUGGCAGAUCUUGGAAAACUAUGGCUUUCCCACCCACAAACCCCAAAAUGUUUUGUGAUUGCUAUUUACAUUUUAUAUGAGGGAGCUUAAAUUAUGUAGAAGAACAAAAUAAAUCCAGAGUUCUAAUGCUAAAUAGAUACAGCCUUAUGCAGCAAUAUCAGACGUACAAAGACUGGUGUUUCUUUUGAUAAGCCCAUCUUUAAAAAACUGAAAUAUAUUGAAUAAUGAUUUAACUUUGAUAUGUAGUAAGUUUGAAGCAUUCCAGGAAUUAAUAAACACUAUUUUUACAUUG